AUGGCAAUGCCAUCGCCAAAAACCCCCGGUGACGUGGAGCUGGGCACCCUUCGCGACGGGUACCCCGCCCUGGCAGCCUGGAUCGCUCGCGACCCCGACAAUGAAGCCCUCGUGUUUCGAAAAUUCGGACGACUGGGAGCGAGGAAUCUCUUGCACCUUCAGAGUCGGCUGAUUGCGUUGGAGAAGGAGUUGGACGAAUUGGAUGAAGACGCGAGGAGAAGCGAUGACUUGGAAGCUCGGCAGUCGUUGAGAAGGUGGGAGACGUUGAUGAAGUAUGCCGGAGAUAAGCAGAGGGGCGAGAAGAAGACGGUGGAGAAGUUGGAGGAGUUGAGGAAGGUGCUCAGGGAGUACUACGAGACGCUCCUCCUUCAAGCGCAACUGGCCGAACUCCAAACGCCCAGUACUCGCGUGCUUCUAACCUUCCGAGAUUAUCUGGAAGGUCGCGCGUUCAAAAGCGCAGACAUGCAGUCGAUGCCCAUUAUCAGUGGACGAGCUAAGGACUUUCUCUCCGACCCCACCGACCUCGUUGCACUCCGCAAGGCCAAGGAGGAGGAUGUCCUAUCUAAGCUGCUUCAGGACCAUUGGGCUUUCAGAAGACGGGAAUCCAACGAUCCUUUAGACAGGACCACUGUCUACAAACAUCGUACCGUUGCCCGGACGGUAGGGACGAUUAGUAUGAUCGCCGCCGCAAUCCUCUUGAUAGGCGCCAUCAUUAGCCUCCACGCCGUGACGGAUUCCAACGCAAAGCUCGGGCUGGUGGCCAUGUAUACGCUUCUUUUCGCGCUCAGUGUGGCCACUUUGACGAAUGCACGAAGAGCCGAGGUCUUCGCUGCCUCAGCUGCGUAUGCAGCAGUGUUGGUAGUCUUUGUCUCGGGAGACCUCGGAGGGUCCAAGACGGGGCAAUGCCUGAUCCAGCUCAGGAACGGGAUAUUCCAGAUCAUUCAGUGUCCAGGCUGA